CCUGCGAUCACUUUAAUAGCAAGUUUUUUCCUCGAUCAUUUGGGUUUUAAUAAGUACACUGACUGGAGAACAUACUAAUUAUGUUCGUUCACGUCUGUGUAAAGAGUUACUGUUGACAUCCGAGCUUGGGUAGAUGUCCGCAUAACUGUCGCUCAAAUGGAAAUGGUGCCCAGCGAAGAAAAGCAGCUCGUACCCAGAGAGGGUAUUUUUUGGAGUUGCAGGCAAAGUAUAUUCGAGGAGAUGAAGAAAAGGUUUUCCCAGAUAGAGAGUGCUGCUGAAGAGCCCAGAGUGCUGUGCAUAGUCCAGGACACCACCAAUGCCAAGACAGUUACGGAGAGACUGACACUCAACCUCCCAGCCUCCACCUCCCUCUCCAAGCUCUUUGAGGAUGUUGCCCACAAGGCAGGCUACGUGAACGGCACCUUUGACCUAGCAUGGAGCAACACGCCCGACAUGGCCCCUCUGGACCAGGGCAGUGACGUGUCACUUGUGGACUCUGGUUUUGAGCCAGGCAAAAAGAACUUCUUACAACUCAUAGACAAGGAUGGGGAGCAGCCUCAGAUAGCUUCUGAUGAGUCUGGUACUGCAGACAGUAGUGGUCUGGAUGACAGCUCCCAGGACCGCUUCAUUGGACCGCUGCCUCGGGACGGGACCGUGGGUUGCAGCAGCGACUACAGCAGCCCCAGCUACUCCUACUCCUCCAUACUCAACAAGUCAGAGACGGGAUAUGUGGGUUUGGUCAAUCAAGCUAUGACCUGCUACCUGAACAGCUUACUACAGACACUCUUUAUGACUCCAGAGUUCAGAAAUGCCCUGUAUAAUUGGGAAUUUGAGGAGUCAGAGGAGGACCCGGUCACCAGUAUCCCAUACCAGCUCCAAAGGCUUUUUGUACUUCUGCAGACCAGUAAAAAGCGUGCCAUCGAGACUACGGACGUGACCCGUAGUUUUGGCUGGGACAGCAGCGAAGCCUGGCAGCAGCAUGACGUCCAGGAGCUUUGCAGGGUCAUGUUUGACGCUCUGGAGCAGAAGUGGAAGCAGACUGAACAGGCCGAUCUUAUCAACCAGCUGUACCAAGGCAAACUGAAAGAUUAUGUUCGCUGUUUGGAGUGUGGUUAUGAGAGCUGGAGGAUCGACACCUACCUGGACAUUCCUCUGGUCAUUAGGCCCUUUGGAGCCAGCCAAGCAUUUGGCAGCGUGGAGGAGGCACUUCAGGCCUUUAUCCAGCCUGAGACUCUGGAUGGGCCCAAUCAGUACUUCUGUGAGCGCUGCAAAAAGAAAUGUGAUGCCCGCAAGGGACUGAGGUUUCUGCACUUUCCAUACCUGCUAACCCUGCAGCUGAAGCGCUUUGACUUUGACUACACCACUAUGCACCGUAUCAAGCUCAACGACCGCAUGACCUUCCCAGAGGAGCUUGAUAUGAGCCCCUUCAUGGACGUGGAAGAUGAGAAAUCUCCUCAGACUGAAAGCUGCACUGAUAGUGGGGCAGAGAAUGAAGGGAGUUGCCACAGUGAUCAGAUGAGCAAUGACUUUUCCACAGACGACGGUGUGGAUGAGGGCAUUUGUCUUGACAACACCAGCAGUACAGAGAGAGUCCUGAAGCCAAAGAGCUCACUUACCUUUGAGCUCUUCUCGGUCAUGGUGCACUCGGGCAGUGCUGCAGGUGGACACUACUAUGCCUGCAUCAAAUCCUUCAGCGAUGGCCAAUGGUACAGCUUCAACGACCAGCACGUGAGCAAGAUCACACAAGAAGACAUUAGGAAGACGUAUGGUGGAUCCUCAGGGAGCAGAGGCUAUUACUCCAGUGCCUUUGCCAGCUCUACAAAUGCAUACAUGCUCAUAUACAGGCUAAAAGAUCCUUCAAGGAAUGCAAAGUAUAUGGAGGUGGAGGACUUCCCAGAACACAUUAAGAGACUGGUGCAGAGGGAAAAGGAGUCCGAGGAACAGGAGAAGAGACAAAGAGAAAUUGAGCGUAACACAUGCAAGAUCAAGCUCUUCUGCAUGCACCCUGUGAAGAAGAUGAUGAUGAUGGAGAAUAAACUUGAAGUUCACAAGGAUAAAACUCUUAGAGAAGCUACAGAAAUAGCAUACAAGCUGAUGGAUCUAGAGGGGGUGGUUCCGUUGGACUGCUGUCGGUUGGUGAAGUACGAUGAGUUUCACGAGUACUUAGAGCGCUCUUAUGAAGGCGAGGAGGACAUGCCGAUGGGCCUGCUCUUGGGUGGAGUGAAAUCUUCCUACAUGUUUGACUUACUGCUGGAGACCCGCAGGCCUGAUCAGGUGUUCCAACCUUACAAACCUGGAGAGGUAAUGGUGAAGGUGCAUGUGGUGGAUCUGAAGAGUGAGACCAUUGCACCUCCUGUCAGUGUGCGGGCUUAUCUAAAUCAGAGCAUCACCGAGUUCAAGCAACUUAUUGCACAGGCCACUGGACUUUCUGCUGAAACCAUGCGUGUCGUCCUGGAGCGCUGCUAUAAUGACCUUCGGUUACUUUAUGUGCCCAAUAAGACACUGAAAGCUGAGGGUUUCUUCAGGAGCAACAAGGUUUUUGUGGAAAGCUCUGAUUCAUCAGAUCACCAAGUCACAUUUACUGACUCCCUCUUAUGGAAGCUCUUGGAUCGCCAUGGGAACACAAUCCGACUGUUUGUCACACUGCCCGAGCAGUCGCCAGGCCGCCUGGCCAAUAGAACUAGUUGUCCCAAGGCCAGUGGUGACUCAGAGGACUCUUUUGAAGGGGCAAAGGGCAGCAGGAAGUCGGUGGAGGCGAUUCUGGAAGAGAGCACAGAGAGGCUGAAAAACCUGUCCUUACAGCAGCAGCAGGGCUGCAGUACCAGCGACAGUCAAAAAAGCUCAGACCACAGUGACUUUGAGCACAUUGAGUCUCCUGCCCAGGAACCCGACUCGGCCCCCCAGCCCGCUCCGCUGGACGACCGCACGCGGGUGGCCAGCGGGGGCAGCGCCAGCGGGGGCGCCUCUGACCCAGAGAACCAGUUCCCUUCGGAAGAGCGCUCUGAUUCGGACAUGAACAACGACCGCAGCACCAGCUCAGUGGACAGCGACAUUCUGAGUUCCAGCCACAGUAGCGACACACUGUGUAAUGCGGACAGCGGGCCGCUGCCGCUAGCCAAUGGCCUGGACUCGCACAGCAUCACCAGUAGCCGCCGCUCCAAAGCCCACGAGGGCAAAAAAGAGACAUGGGACACUGCAGAGGAGGAUUCGGGCACUGACAGCGAAUACGAUGAGAACGGCAAGAGUAAAGGCGACGCCCAGUACCUGUACUUCAAAGCAGAGCCCUAUUCACCGGAGGAUGGCUCUGGAGAUAGCCAGAAAUGUUUACUGGUCCAUGUAGAUAAGAGGAUCACACUGGCAGCAUUCAAGCAGAAUCUGGAACCCUUUGUUGGGGUCACUUCCACCCAGUUUAAGGUCUUCCGGGUGUACGCCAACAACCAAGAGUUCGAGAGCGUGCGACUGAAUGAGACGCUCUCCUCUUUCUCAGAUGAUAACAAGAUUACUAUUCGGUUAGGAAGAGCACUGAAGAAAGGGGAAUACCGGGUGAAGGUCUACCAACUGUUAAUAAAUGACCCUGAGCCCUGUAAGUUCCUAGUGGACACUGUGUUUGCCAAGGGCAUGACUGUGAGGCAAUCCAAGGAGGAGUUACUGCCCUUACUGAGAGACCAGUGCAAACUGGACCUCAGUAUCGACAGGUUUCGUCUCAGGAAAAAGACCUGGAAAAACCCAGGGACAGUGUUUUUGGACUACCACGUCUAUGAAGAGGACAUUAACAUCUCCAGCAAUUGGGAGGUCUUCCUGGAGGUUCUUGAGGAACCAGAGAGAAUGAAAUCCAUGUCCCAGCUGGCAGUCUUGACGCGGCGCUGGAGGCCGUCUCAGAUGAAGCUGGAGCCUUUCCAGGAGGUGGUGCUGGAGAGCAGCAGUGUGGAGGAGCUUAAGGAAAAGCUCAGUGAACUGAGUGGUAUUCCUCUUGAAAACCUGGAGUUUGCAAAGGGGCGAGGAACAUUUCCCUGUGACAUAUCUGUUCUGGAGAUCCAUCAGGAUUUGGAUUGGAACCCUAAAGUCUCCACACUCAAUGUCUGGCCCCUCUAUAUCUGUGAUGAUGGUGCCGUGGUCUUUUACAGGGAUAGCACUGAGGAGCCCAUGGAACUGUCUGAGGAGGAGCGCAGUGAGCUGAUGAAAAAGGAGAGCAGCCGGCUACUGAAGACAGGCCACCGGGUCAGUUAUUCACCCCGCAAGGAGAAGGCCCUCAAAAUCUACCUUGACGGGGGGCCUACCAAAGACCCUGGCCAGGACUGAGGCGGAGGCCGGUUCAUCCCGAAUUUUUUUUAGCUGGCCUGCCCGUCGCAGCGUAGUGUUGCCUCGCCAGGGACCCUCCUCUGGCACGGGGCCCACGUUGAAUCAACGUCACCAGUGCUGUUUGGCUGACGCCCUCCUCUCUGGGCUCCUGGGGGUAUAGCGUGGCUCAGAAUCCUUUUGUGCACUAUAGUUUAUUGUACUGUAACGUUUAUAAGGGAAGUGCAAAAGCUAUUCAAUCCUUUUUUUCUGACAAAUCAAUUAAACAUGGAGUGACAGAGAUAGGUGCACUUAUGGAAUAGGGUAGAGUGGACUGUUCAGGAGUGAUUCACCUCUCCUUGCCUCUCUCCUCUCUCUGUGUGUUGAUCCUCAGUACUAUGUCCCCCCCCACAUUCUCAUUCACAAAUUGUUUUAUGAAGGAUUUGAAUUCAUCCAGUUCAUGUGUGCACAAGUGCGGCAUCAAAUUUACUGACAGUUCUCAGUCCACCUGUAGCUGUUGUGCUAAAACAGGCAAACAAUUAACAAUUUCAGUUCCCAGAUAAUGGAAUUUGUUGAUGCUAUAAUUAUCUUUUCAAAUAGAUUGUAUAGAAAUACCAGAGAUAUUCUGAGUCACAUUAACACAUGGAAAAAAAAAGCUAAAAUAACAGAAGUUUAUUGUUGUUAAUGACCUUUAUUUUUGACCCAGAUGCAUUAAGUUUCAUAUUGUAUUCUUCAGGCAGGUACUCCAUAAACAACAAAUUGUUGUGUGAAACCGAAAAACGAAAUCUCUUCCGAUCAUUUUGUUUUGCGAGCCCUGCUUAUGGGUGAACCCAAGAAUUAUCGUCUGUCUUCAAAAGUCUUCUCUUGACUCUAGUUUGCUGCUCUCACUUGAAAUGUUGGGAUUCCUCUUUAUGUUUAACAUAAACGCGAUAAAUGUAAAUGAAAUGCUUCUCUGGCUAAUGAGACUCUGACCUGGCUGUCUCCCAGAAUGCUUCCCUGCAUGUGUGGGUGUGGAGGUGGCCCAGCCCCCUGUGGAACUCCACUGGGCUGCCCCACCCCCACGUAGGCUCAGCUCCACCCCACGCAUAAAGAGCUCCGCUUGAUACUGGUACAUUUUAGUGUGCAAGUCUGUAAGGGUAGAACAACAGAAUAAGAUAGAGAGCAAUGUGUACCUUUUCUCUCUCUUUUCUCUUGUUUUUGUUUUCUUCUUUCUUGUAAAUUAUUAUUUCACCCCGGACUUAAUAAUGGCGUUAAGUCCUGCGAGUGACCUCUGGCACACAUUUUAAUUUGUGUCGAUAUUCAAUCUUUUUGUUCAUUUAGGAUGUCCUUCCCUGUGUUUUUUUUUGUUUGUUUUUGUUUUUAUUUCUGCACAAUGUGAGCCUAUAUGGGUUCAGGCAUGUGUGUGUGUCUGUGUGUCUGUGUGUGUGUGUGUG